AUGUUGGGGAAGAAGAUGGUGUCGUUCAGGAAACUGGCGAGGAAAGUGAAGGUGAUCAGCAGCAUCAGGGGCGGCAAUUAUUACGGCGGCGAGUACGAUCUGCCGCCGUCGACGACGCCGCCGCCGCAGUACGAGUGCCUGUUGGGGGAACUGGAGUCGGAAAUGGCGACGACGCCGACGGGUUACUUCGCGGUGUACGUAGGUGAAGAGAAGGAGAGGUUCGCGGUGCCGACCGGGUUCUUGAGCCACCCUCUGUUCAAGAUGCUGAUGGAGAAAGCGUACAGCGACCAGCAGUGCCUGGACAGGCUCGUCAUUCCGUGUACCGUCGCCACGUUUCAGGAGGUUGUAGCCGCUGUGCAGUGCUGUAACGGCAGGUUUGAUCUGGGGAAUUUGGUGGAGGAGUUGUUGUAG